AUUUUGAAAUGUGACCGGAAAACGUGCUACUUCAGCCAACUUCACAAGAUCGGAAACAGUAAUUUCCUGAAAACAAACAGGUUUAAUUAUUGUUUACCGCUUUUGUGAUCUGUCGCAGUCCCGGUGUUUGUCUGCGCCCGGGCCCACGUUAACAGCUUGAUAUCGGUAUUUGCAAUAUCUCUUCUAAAACUCUCCCACUGUCGUCGUUAGCUGUUGUUAGCAUAGAGCAGCGGAGUUAGUUAACCGCUAGCGUUUGGUCAGUUGGAUGCUAAACGGAUUGGACUGGACGGAAUAUAUACCCCUUCUACCAUGGGAGCUCACCGCGGCGAGGGUAACCGGGAGUGCCUGGAGCAGGACGGGUCUGAGGCGCCGGAGCUGAGCCCGACGCCAUGGAACGUGAUGAUCAAACACCGACAGAUUCACAGAAGAGGACGACGCUCACACAUGACAAUCAGCUACACAGAUCCUCAGGUGUCCAUGGAUUUGUUGAGGACAGUGCUUCAGCCCAGCUUCAACGAUGACAUCAUGGCUGUUUUCAGGAAGUAUCACAAGUUCUUUGAGAAGGCGGCAGAAAACGUGAAGGAGAAUGUUGGGGAUGACAUUCCAACAGAUCAACUGAUCCGAGAUACCUGCAGGAAUGUCCUAGAACAUGCCAAACAGCUGUUUCCAGAGGGAGAAGGAAAGAGGGCGGGAGAGGUUGCCAUUAAGAGGUCCAGACCUGUUGAUGAAGACUGCAGUCAGAGAGGAAGCCCUCUUCCCAAGAAGAGGAAACCUCGUCUAGGCGGUCCAUUCAUCUCCUCUGAUCGACAUUUGACCUUCUCCUCUCAGGUAAAGCCGAAGGCUGACCCUAUCAAAAGAGAAGGCCCAAAGUGGGAUCCAUGUCGACUGAACGACAGCAGCACAUUUGUUCUUGGUUCCAGAGCCAACAAGGCACUGGGAAUGGGAGGGACCAGGGGACGCAUCUACAUCAAACAUGCUGACCUGUUUAAGUAUGCAGCAGAUGCAAAGGACAAGCAGUGGCUGGCAGAGAGGCACCACAUGAGAGCAACCGGAGGGAAGAUGGCCUACCUGCUGAUUGAGGAGGACAUCCAGGAUUUGUCCCACAGUGAUGAGUACAAGGACUGUCCAGACGUGAGGAUGGAUGAGCUGAAGCCAUUUUCUGUUCCUGUGUGGAUGGUGGAGAAGAUGAAGAGAGCCAUGGAGGCCCAGCGAGACCAGGAACCCUGACCCCACACGAUGACUUCUGACCUCUCUUUAGAUUAAUUAAAAUGUAAAGGCCACAGAGGAAUUUAUCAUCUGACAUUGGGCUUCUAAAUUAGUAUUUUCUCAGCUGUUUUUUCAAUAAAAUCUUAUUCUGACCCCCCCAAAAAA